AUUUUAAAAUGAUAGAACAUGGGAAGCUUGAAACUAUUAUUAAAGAUUUAAGCGAUAAUAUAACUGAUAAGACAACUUAUGAAAAAGAGCUGUUUAAUACAAUUAAUAACAUAAUCAAUCCUGCAGGUAUCCAAUUAGAAACUAUUACAAACACUUACAUUAAAGGAAUUUCAUUAUUAAAAAAUUUAAAUACUUGCUUUAGUGACUGUAUGACCACCCACAACAUUAUUAAAGGAAUAAAAUACUUUGCUAAUCAAAUAUUACAGAAAAUAGUUCUAAAAAUAAAACCUGAUACUCUUCAAGAAAUUGCAAAGUUAUCACUGAAAAUUUCUCGUAGUGUUAGGUCAAGAAUGCAAGAUGAACAGUUCGAUAAAGUGACCAACUUAAUUUGGAAAAUUUUUUUUAUUGUUGAAUUUGGAACAGACGACAUUGAAUCGAUUAAAACAUUAAAGGACGAAUUAAAUAAAAAAGCUUUUUGUAUUUCUACAUAUACACAAGGGAACACUUACAAUAUUACACAAGAAAAAUAUAAUAACCAGCUUGCACGGACACUAUCUGAACUGACAACUAUUUUAAACAAGAAGUUAUUAAAUGGCCAAUUAACUGAAACAGUCCCUGUUUAUAAGAGCGACGAAAAAUUACAAGCAGUAGUAGAAAUGCUUGUUUUGGAUAUAAUGUCAAUUUUGGAGCUCAAGAAUUCCCUGGAAAAUAAUCUACUUUUUUUAGAUGAAAAUAUUCCUUUAUUAAAUGGAAGAUGUUUACGUAAUCAUCUAGUACAUGAUAACGCAUUAGUAGAUAUAUUAUUAUCGGAUCCUUCGAAAACAGUUGUUUUAAACGCUACAAAACUUAUUGAAGAAAAUAUAAUAGGAAGUAACAAAAAAAUUGGCAAAUCAGUGAGUAAUAAUCCUUCCAAACUGAGAGAGAAAUACAAUCAAGGCUUAGUUACCAUUACCAAUCAGAAAAGACUGUUCGAUGCUUUGCAAGAAGGAAAUUUCGAAAUCUUAAAAGAUUGCCUCAGAGAAGGAGCAGAUAUCAAUGCUAGAAAUAUUGAUUUAUGGACCACAUUGCAUUUUGCUGCUAAGGGACCUAAUCUUGAAGUUAUAAAAUUUCUUCUCGACCAAAAUUUAAGCCUUAAUGUUAAGGAUAUUAAUGGCCGAAGCCCACUGCACAUUGCUGCUGCACAUGGAAGGACAAAUAUUGUGGAUUUCUUCUUAAAAAAAGCAGGUUUAUAUGUUGAUGAUACAGAUAAUAAGAACAAAACACCACUUCACAUAGCAGCUCAAAAUGGUCACAAGGAUACUGUCGAGAUUCUAUUAGAAAAUGAAGCUAAUACUUUUAACCAAGAUGUAACCGGUCUUUCACCUUUACACUAUGCAAUAAAGAACAAUCAUAUUGACGUUGCGAAGAUUCUGCUAGCAAGAGACAGGAAUGUUGACAUUAAUGAGACUACAGGUGGCUUUACUCCAUUGCAUGAAGCUGCAGAAUAUGGUCACUUGGAGUUAGUUAAUUUUUUACUUGAAUAUGGAGCAAAUAGUAACGCUAGAAGUGAUAACGAUCGGACACCAAUACAUGGAGCAGCACUCAACGGCCAUCUGGAAAUAGUGAACACUUUAAUUCUGAAGGGAGCUGAUGUUAACUCUAAACUUAUCGAUGGUUGCACACCAUUACAUUAUGCAGUGGAAAACGGUCACGAAAAAGUAGUUAGCAUUCUAUUGAAACAUGGAGCUAAUAUUAAUGCCGUUGACAAAACAUAUAAUAAUACAGCUUUACACUAUGCGGCAAAAGAAAGGCACGAGGAAAUCGUUAAGACUUUACUGAAACAUUAAGCUAAUGCUAGUGUUAAGACUGUGGAAGGUAUAACUCCAUUACUUAUGGCAGUACAUAGUGGCCACUUGGAAAUAGUAACUAUUUUCCUGAAACAUGGUGUUAAUAUUCAUGCUACAGAUAUCAAUAAUGAUACACCAUUACACUGUGCAGUAAAAAGUGGUCAUAUGGAAAUUGUUGAACAUUUAAUAAACAAUGGAGCAGAAGUUAAUGCUAAAAAUAAAUGUGAUCAAACACCACUACAUGAAGCUGCUCUGAAUGGAUAUCAAGGUAUUACUGAUUUUUUGAUAAACAAUAAAGCCGAUGUAACCGCUAAAGACGUUUACGGUACUACAUCUCUACAUGCAGCUGCCAUAAAUGGUAAUACAGAUGUUAUCGAUCUUCUGAUAAAACAAAAAGCUAAUGUUAAUGCUAGAACUAAUAAAAAUGCUACACCUUUGCAUUUAGCUGCCUUAAAUAACUGUAUAGAUACUAUAGUUUUUCUAAUAAAAAAUGGAGCUGCAGUCAAUGCUAGAGCUAAUUAUGGUGUUACACCGUUACAUUCAGCUGUUCUAGAAGGACACAAAAAUGUUGUGAAUCUCUUAAUAAAAAAUAAAGCCCAAGUCGAUGCAAGAGGUAUUGCAGAUGGUACAUUAUUACAUAUGGCUGUGGAAGCGGAUCACACAGAAAUCGUUAAGAUUUUGGUAGCAAACGGAGCUAAUGUUAAUACCAAGUGUAACAAUCGGACGCCAUUAUUUUCUGCAAUCAAAAAUAAUAACAAAGAAAUCGCUGAAAUUCUUAUAGCAAAUGGAGCUGAUGUUGACGACGAAGAUAGUGGACCUUUAUGUGCAGCGGUGCUUGCAGGCUAUAAAGAUAUUGUAGAAAUGUUGUUAAAAAACGCAGCUCGCGUUAACGGAAGAGAUGCUGAAAAUGCUACUCUAUUACAUCUAGCUGCCAGAAGAGGUCAUAAGGAAAUAGUGAAGACUUUGAUAAAAAGUGGAGCUGAUAUUGAUGCCAUAACUAUCAAUGAUGUAACAUCAUUAUAUCUUGCAGUACAAGAAGGUCAUAAGGAAAUUGUUGAGAUUUUGAUAGCAAAUGGAGCUAAUGUUAACGUUAAAUCUACCGAUGGAACAACAUUGUUACACAUAGCAGCCACAAAUGGACACAGUAAUGUUGUACAAGUCUUACUAAAUAGUAAAGUAAAUAUUAAUAUUAAAGAUAAUAAGAAUAGAACAUCGUUAGAAUUGGCAGUGGCACGUGGUCAUUUAGAAGUGGUUAAAACGUUACUUCAGUACCAGAAAAUAGAUAUGAAUACUAAGGGAAACGAUAAUUGGACAAUAUUGCACAUUGCUUCACACGAAAGUAAUCUGGAAAUGGUGAAGUACUUAGUAGAUAAAGGAUCAGACAUCAAUGCUAAAACUUCUUUUGGCUAUAAGCCUAUGCACUUUGCAGCUAGAAAAGGUCAUAAAGAUACUGUAGAGUUUUUCCUUAGUAAGGGAUUAAAUAUUAACGAUCGUGGUGCAUUUAAGCAGACAUUAUUGCACUAUGCUGCAAUGCACGAUCAUUUAGCAGUUGUGGAGUACUUAAUAGCGCAAGGUGCUGAUGUUAACGCUCAAGAUAUAAAUGGCGUAAGUCCUAUGCAUCUUGCUGCUACUUACGGCUAUAAAAAUGUAAUUGAAGUUUUACUAAAAAAUGGAGCAAUUUAUAAUCUUGUUGACAAGUUUGAUACAGAACCGUUAACGUUGUGUCGUGACAAAAACGUUAUCACUUUAUUAGAAUCAACUGAGAAAUUAUUUAAGGCUAUAAAACAUAAUAAUGUUUCAGAAGUUGAGACUUACAUCAAAAUGGGUGCGUUUGUUAAUGCCAAAAAUGCUGAUGGUGGAACACCACUGCAUUAUGCUGCAUGGAAAGGCAGUGAUAGAAUUGUUAAUCUUCUGUUACAAAAUAGAGCUAAUUCCAAUGCAGUUGGUAAGAAGGGCUUUACUCCUCUACAUUAUGCUGCAAAGUUCUCUCACUUAAAAGUUGUAAAGACCUUAUUAGCUCUUGGCGCGGUAUAUAAUGCUGUCUCCGACAAUGAAAGAACACCAUUAAAUAUUACUGUAGAUAAAGAUAUAAUUAGUUUAUUUCAAUUGGUGAGUGAUUCAUUUAAAAACAUUAAAACUGGUAACUCCAAAGUUAUUAAUGAUCUUAAUAAAAUAAAGGAUGUUGAUACAAUAAAAGCCAUCAUGGGUGCUCGUAAUAGAGAAAACAAAACGCUAGUAGUUACUGCAAUGUAUAGUAACUUUUCGAAACUUGAACAAUUAAAACAGAUAUCACAAGGUGAUAUAUCCACCCAAAUCAAAAUAGCUUUAGCACUCAUGAGUCAGACCAAUUAUCAAGCGGCCUUAAAUAUUUUCACAAGCGCAUUUGAAAAGAGAAGAGAAAUACUAGGACCCGAUAAUCCUGGCACCUUAGAUAUUCAGGUACAUAUGGGUAAAGCAUUAUACGCACAAGGAUUUUUUCAAGAAGCUCUUAACACAUUUGAGGAAAUUUACCAGAAACGGAAAGAAGUCCUGGGUUUAAAUCAUACAGACACUUUAAGUACGAGAAGUAUAAUUGCUCUAGUACUGCAUAGAUUAGGAAAAAACGAGGAAGCUUAUAAUAUUUAUCAAGAAGUCUAUCAAAAACAAAAAGAGAUAUUAGGAUCAAAUCACUCAAAUACUUUAGAGACACAGUUUCAUAUGGCACUAGUAUUAAUUGAACAAGGAAAAUAUGAAGAAGCCUUAAAUAUCAGUAGGAUAAUGUUUGAAAAAAGUAAGAACAUAUCCGGUGCGGCAAACGCAGGAAAUGCCGUGCGUGCUCAAAAUAAUAUAGCGAUAAUAUUGACCAAUCAAGGUAAAUACGCAGAGGCAUUGGAGAUUUAUAAAGACGUUUAUGAAAAGAAAAAGUUGAUUUUCGGUGCUACUCAUUCUGAUACUUUAAGAACGUUACAUAACAUGGCCGGAGUACUAAUCAACCAACAGAAAUAUGCAGAAGCCUUGAAAGCUCAUCAAGAAGUUUUAGAUAUCCAAAAAAACGUUUUAGGACCAAAUCAUUUUGAUACCCUAAAUACUCGGUGUAACAUAGCAAACAUACUUUUUGCUCAAGGCAAAUGGAUUAGUGCACUAAAAGUUUAUAAAGAAUGUGUGGAUCAAAGAAAAGCAGUGUUUGGAGCAACUCAUCCUAGUGUUUUGAAAAUUUUAGAACAGAUAGAAAUAAUUAAAAAGAUAUUUAAACUGCAGGGCUACAGCGAAUCGGAAAUCUUGCAACAUCUGCAAAAAGAUAUUAACAUUGCUGCUAGUAAUGGUGAUGUACAAACUGUGCAACGUCUAUUAAAAGGUGGAGCUAGUGCCAAUGAUAAAGACAUUGAUGGAAGAACACCACUACAUUACGCUAUUAGCAAUAGACAGAUGGGCGUUGUAAACGUCUUAUUAAAAAGUGGAGCUGAUGUUACUCAUGGUACUAAUAAAGGUAAUACACCACUACACACAGCUACUUCUAAAAGUUACAAAGAAAUUGUCGAAGUUUUGUUACAACAUGUGAGUCGUGAUAAAUUUUAUGACUUUAUUAAUGUUAAAACCGCUGCUAGUGGCAGUGCAUCACUUCACGUUGCAGCCAGUAAUGGUUACUUAGAGAUUGUUAAAUCUUUAUUGAAGCAUGGUGCAACCUAUAACAUUAAGAAUACAGAAGAUAAAACACCUCUUAAUCUUUCCAAAUACCAGAGUGUUACUGAUUUGCUGCAACUUGUCGAAGAAUUAUUUGAAGACGCAAAAAAAGGUAAUACUGAAAUUAUUAGCAAGUUAAAAGCAGUAAAACCAGAUGAGUUUGCAGCUGCAACGAAUGCUCGUAAUGGUCAAGGGAAUAAGCUAUUACAAGUUACUAUAUCUAAUAAACACAGGAAUAUUGCGAGUGAAUUGGUAAAAAUGAUGAGAAUGUCAGGUCAGAAGUUAUAAGAAAAUAGAAAACGGGGUCAAAGAUUAAAAAUUUAAAUGACGUGGAAGUAUUUAUGUAGGGCCUACUUCAAUAAUAAUCAGUGUAGACUAAAAAAUCAUGAAAGUACAGGUUCUGUUUUUCUUUCUUUCUUUUUUACAUAAAUUUCCAAUUUUAAACUCGAUCGCUUCUUGAUAAAUUUCAGUAUUUAUGUAGAGCCUACCUCAAUAACAAUAAUUGUAGACUAAAAAAUCAUGAAGGUACAGGUCAACAACUCCUUUUUUUUUGCAUAACUUUCAGUAUACAUCACUAUGAAAGUCAUAUUAAUCUCUAUCUUUCAUAUGUUUGUUUUUUGGAGAAAGCCCUUCUGGAGAAAGGUAGGAACAAGUUCCUAAUAAAACUUAAUAAUUAACAUUUCGAUUAGUUUCUUAUACAACUUAUUACAUUGACGUAGUGAUUGGAAAAUAAAACGCGAGCGCGCGCGCGGGAGUGUGUGUGUGAAAGAGAAAAUUUUAAGUUUUGGUUUAUUUUGUAUCAAGGUGUGUACAAUUUAUUUUAUAUUAAAUAAAAUGCAUUCAUUUUGUAUCAAGGUUUGUACACUUUAGUUUUCUGUAUUAAAUAAAAUGAAAUUAGAACUGCUAAAA